AAUAUUAGAAAUGAACCCCCGUUAUUAGAAAGUGUGACAACUUGCCCCGGCGAUCAAUCGCUCCGCGCCUGAUGAUUCCGUGACUUGCGCAGGAGGGCGGGAGCCUCGAGAGAGAAUGAAGGAGCAGAAAACCAGCAUCCUCAGCUAAUAACACCGACCGAAAUCAACACCCUGGCUUAUAAUUAAAAUCAUUCGCUUGUGAGGGAGUGAAUGACAUUGGCACAUCAGUCAUGUAUUCUGAGGAGUGGAGCAGGAAUCGGCAGGGUAGAGAGAAGACUGUGAUCACGAAUUUCAGUUUUAGUCAGCUGCCAGAGGAGGAGAAGACGGGUAGGAGAAAACCUCACAGUGCUCAUGACUCUGACGAAUCCAUUCCAGAUGAUCGAUACCAUAGCAUCUACUUUGCCAUGCUGCUGGCUGGUGUGGGCUUUCUACUGCCAUACAACAGCUUUAUCACUGAUGUGGAUUAUCUCCAUCGUAAAUUCAAAGGCACCUCUAUUGUGUUCGACAUGAGUUUGACGUACAUACUGGUGGCUCUCAGCGCUGUCAUCGUGAACAACGCGCUGGUGGAGAGACUGAGUUUACAUACUCGCAUCUGUGUGGGAUACCUGUUUGCGUUGGGACCUUUGGUGUGUGUGAGUGUAUUUGACGUCUGGUUGGAGCUGUUCAACACUCAGCAGUCCUAUGCUGUUACUCUGGCUGCGGUUGCCAUUGUUGCAUUUGGAUGCACAGUGCAGCAGUCCAGUUUCUAUGGUUACACAGGGAUGCUGCCCAAGAGAUACACGCAGGGUGUGAUGACUGGAGAGAGCACUGCAGGAGUUAUUGUUUCUUUGAGCCGGAUUUUUACAAAGCUGCUGGUGGAGGAUGAGAAGAACAACACCAUUAUCUUCUUCCUGUUCUCCGUCUCAAUGGAGACGCUCUGUUUUCUGCUUCAUGUGGUGGUUCGCCGAACACACUUUGUCCGUUAUCACACCAGCAGAGCUCGCCAGAGCCACAGCUGGCUCAAAGGACAGAUUAAUAACGUUACGACACAAAAGCACAGCGGCUAUCAGAUACAUUACGACAGCAGUGCAGAGGAAGAGGAUGGAAUGGCGUCAAGCAUGGUUGAUGAUGCUGAUGCGGUUAAUCUGGGUAACGGUUCCCAUGGAGAUGGCAUAUACGUCAGAUUUGAUGUGCCCAAACCAGAAGCCAAAAGGAGCUGGAUCAGUGUGAAGGAGCUGCUGGGUCGGAGGUGUGCUGUAGCCCGGGUGAUCUGGCCAUAUAUGCUUUCAAUCUUGGUGACAUAUUUCAUCACUCUGUGUCUGUUCCCUGGUUUGGAGUCAGAGUUGCACAACGAUACACUGGGAGAAUGGCUGCCUAUCCUCACCAUGGCUCUGUUCAACAUGGCUGACUUUGUGGGCAAGAUCUUGGCGGCAUGCCCAUACGAGUGGGGUGGUGUGCAGCUGCUGGUGUGUUCGUGUUUGCGCGUUCUCUUCUUGCCCCUGUUUGUGAUGUGUGUGUCGCCUGUGCAGCGCCCCCUGCUGGCACACCCUGCCUGGCCCUGCGGCCUGUCUGUGAUGCUAGGUAUCAGUAACGGAUAUCUUGGCUCUGUACCAAUGAUACAGGCAGCUGGCAAAGUGCCACUUCAGCAGCGAGAGGUGGCAGGAAACACCAUGACUGUGUCGUACAUGGCUGGACUGAUGCUAGGGUCUGCAGUGUCUUACUCAACAUACAGUCUGACCUCACAGGCACACUCCUCUCACACCACGCUGAAACUCAACAGCACACUCACAUUGCACAACUAUAUGCCUGGCCACUGAGGAGAAUCCAGCACACAUGAACAUUGGUUUGUACAGGUGAUAAUUAUGUAGGACUAAAAAAAAACAUUUACGAAGGCUAUCCUGCUGGAAACACUAGCUUAAACCUGAAAAUGCAUUCUGGUCCAAGCUGGUUUAUACAAGGAAGGUCUUCUGGUUAAGCAUAUUGAAAUUAUUGGGAAUAUUGUUCGAUAAUCUGAUGUAUUAUUGUUCCAGUUAUCUUUAAAUGUUCGGCCACCUUGUGUUAUUUACAGUAAGGUGGUGUAAAGCUGUACUUUCUGAAUGAUUGAUAGUCUUGUCUUGUUUUAGGCGCUCCAUUUUGACCUGUUUCAUUAAUAACCAAUUAGCCUCAUUAUUGGCAGACUGAUGUAAAAACUAAAAUAUGUUUGAUUGUUUUUUUGUUUGACUUAAUUUAAACAUUUUAAACUUAAACCUUGUUUAGCUAUGGGGGAAAAAUACUUAUUUCUGUUUGAACGUUUUUGUUUGUUUACAUGUCUUUACGCCGUGUUAAGCUUACUUUUUUGGUUGAUGUGCACCAAAAUUAUUAUUCAAACGAACUGCAUCAGCAGAACCGUCACACUUUUGUUUUAUUCAACCCAACAAGCCAAGUGUGAUCACACCAGAUAAGAUGCCACAUAUCUCACAAAGCUUGACCAAUCCCUUACAAAAAAAUUACUGCAGUUUUUAAAGAAAUACUGCAGUUGUAGUUAACUUCUGUAAAGUGCAGUUUUUUUGGACACACAAAAAAAAAGUAUAUUGCAAUAUUACUACAAUACAACUGAAUUACUACACAACUAACUGCAGUACAUCUACCGCAAUACAACUGAAGUACUACACAACUAACUGCAGUACAUCUACUGCAAUACAACUGAAGUACUACACAACUAACUGCAGUACAUCUACCGCAAUACAACUGAAGUACUACACAACUAACUGCAGUACAUCUACCGCAAUACAACUGAAGUACUACUACAGUACAACUGAAUUACAACUACUGCAAUGGUACUGAAGUGACACUACUACUAUAAUGCAGUACUGUUACUGCAAUACAGCUGAUACUACUACAGUACAACUGCAGUACAACUACCACUUUUCCUGCUUGGUUUCCAAAUGAAGUUUCAGCACUUAAUUUGUAAUGCUGAAGUUUUCCACAAUAUAUUGUAUUGCACUUUUCAGAACUACAGAAAUGCAUCUACUGCAAUACCUAACAAAACUAAAGAGCUCUUUUUAUACUUAUAUACCUAAGUGCAUUAAAUUAUAUAACUUAUAUCACUAUAUUGCCCCACUUAGUUUAUUUAUUGUUACUUCAGUUGUACUGCAGAUUUUACCGCUGUUGAACUUUAUUGUAUUAUAGUUGAACUGUGUUUAUACCUCAUUAUACUGCAAUGUUGCAGUUGCGUUGAAGUUUGCCUCAGUUAUUCUUGCAUAUAGGCUACUGCUGUUGUACUGUUCAGUUCACUGCAGUUAUUUUUUAAUAUUCGUUUUUGCACAUAAACUCUUAAAAUUCGAAAAUAGAAAAUGACUUGAACCAAAAAAAACAUCCCUGAAAAAAAUAAACAUUCGUGAAAAAUGUUGAAGAAAAAACCCCUUGGAACACAAGUGCAGUACAGUUCUUACCACACCAUUGGCAUGUUAGACUACAGCAGCACAAGUGCAGUAAAUACAAAGUUUACUUGUUUUUUACUGCAGUUUAGUGCAACUUAUACUGCUGUUUAACUUUAUUGUACUGUAUUAGAACUGUGUUUAUACUUCAUUGUAUUGUAGUUUUGCAAUUGUGCUUAAUUUUACUGCAGUUAUACUUCUAUAUACUGCUUUUGUACUUCAGUUUACUGCAGUUAUUUUUUUGUAAGGGAUACAGCAAAAUAUCGUAGCAGUCUGGGAAGUUGUAGCACUUCCGUUAAGGAUGAAACAUGAAGCACUUUGUCCCUUGUCUCAUCAUUCAUUAAUUUUCAAUGUUAUCGUCAAUA